AUGCAAGCAGGAGUAGAUGUCAUAUCAAUGAGUGUCAAGAUCUACCUCUACUAUGGUCCAUAUGAAGCUGCAGGAACUGUUGAAUACAGACAGUUUAGGUUGCAAGGACUGAAAACAAUUUUAACAGAAGCUGGCCAUAUUGUAGAGCUGAGGCCAUUCAGAGAUUGGAAUGUGGUAGAGCUCUGGGUAAAUGGUGUGAAAAUAUUUUCGUGUGACAUCAGGAAUCUUGAUUUUGGUGGCGAUGGCAAGUUGGACCCCCUGUGUCAAGAAGCCUGUGAUGCAGUCAAAAGAAACAUGCAGAUUCUUUAG